UGGCGCUCGGCGCGGUAUUUUAAACAAUCGUCUUCGUCUGAGAGCGGAUGAUCGGAACGGUGCAGCAUCGAGUUGGACUGAGCAGUGCGUGAACGAGUCGAAAACUUUGAGGAUUUGAGAACAGCGUUUUGAUACACAUCUCGACAGAGAGUAAGAAGAGUGUUUUGAGCUCGGUAACUUCAUGCAAGAUGGAUGUGGUAUCACCUGAGCUCAACAGCCUCCCUGAUGAGAUCAUGGAUACAGAGGCCAUCGCUAUGGAAGAGGAACUCCCUGGUGAGCAUCUUGCUCCAACUCCCCAAUCUGAACCAGAGCUGGCUCAGGUUCCUAUGGAAACAGAGGUGCCUGAAAUCGUCAGCCUCAGUACAACCACCACAUCAGAUAUGCAUUUAACCCCGAAAUCCACUGAUGCUCAGAACAGCACCAGCUCUGGAGCCCAACUCCUUGCUCCCUCCGGCCUCAUUACUGGCACCACCACCACCAGUGCUACAACAACCACCCUCGCAAAACACACCAGCCCUGCGGUGACCCAGAGCCUCCCCAAAAUCUCCAGCGUUACUGUCCCAGCCAACCACCAACUCAUCAUCAACAAAGUGGCCAACUCCCCUGCUGUGGAUGGCAAGGGCCAGAAACUCCUGGUUGCUGGGGUCAGUAAAACAGGGCAGCCCAUUAUGUUUUCCCUGCCCCACUCUUGGAACAAGCCCGCCACCACCCAGGGCACAGGAGAUGGCAAGGCCCAGCCCACGCAGAUCAAAAUGGUGACCACUGUAGGGAAGCCUAUGAUAGGAGUACAGGCUGUGAGCUCGGCCAGUCAGCUGCUGGGCACCUCCACACCACUGCAGGCCCAGCAGCUCAAGACUGUUCAGAUCACUAAGAAGCCUCCAGUGUCUACAGCUGGACCAAUGAUCACAAAGCUCAUCAUCACACAGGCCCUGAACAAUAAAGGACUCACCAAUCCAGCUUCAGUGUCUCCUGUCAUAACCGGACGCGUUGUUACCCAGAGUACUCCGGGAACUCCUCCACGCACCAUUACCAUUGGUGAGACGGUCAGCACUGUGGCACAGAACGCGUCUGGCAACAGCAAAGUCGCCAUCUCACCUCUCAAGUCUCCCAGCAAGUUGACAGUUGUUUCAGUGGCCAGUCAGUCUCCAAACUCUCCACAGAAGUCUGUGACUCUGCCACUCAAUGUGGCUCUGGGCCAGCAGAUCCUCGUUCAACAGUCUGCUGCCACCUCUCCAGCCAAAGCAGGAUCCAGCCAGUCUACUGCACAGGCUGUAAAGCCAAUGCAGACAGUUACGGUGGGAGGGGUGAGUACCUCUCAGUUUAAGACCAUCAUCCCCCUCUCCACACCACCUAAUGUACAGCAGAUCCAGGUGCCAGGCAGCCGCUUCCAUUAUGUGCGUCUGGUAACAGCCACCACUGGCAGCAGCCAUGUGCAGACAGGUGCCGGCACCAACACCAACCCUUCCAUCCAACCAGCUAAGCCUGUGAUGAUAAACACUGCAGUACGGAUGUCUGUACCUAUCAUCCCGGCACAGACUGUCAAACAGGUUAUACCCAAGCCCUUAACUUCAGCAGCCCAGGUGGUCACCACCACUCAGACUCCCCAGCGUCUCAUUAUGCCAGCCACACACCUGCCACAGAUCCAGCCCAACCUCACCAACCUGCCCCCGGGCACUGUGCUUACCCAAGCACAUGGCUCCGGAAACAUGGGAUACGCUGUGUUGCCUGCCCCAUACGUUACACAGAUCUCCCAGCCUACAUUUGUGACUUUGACCAGCAGUUCCACCUUCUCAACAGCUACACCUAUCCAGACACAAGCCCGGCUUUCCCUCAAUGGUUUGGCAACGGCUGAAGCAACUUCAAGGCAGAGAAAACCUUGUAACUGCACACGGUCACAGUGUCUGAAAUUGUACUGUGAUUGCUUUGCUAAUGGGGAGUUCUGUAGUAACUGCAACUGUGUUAAUUGCUUCAACAACCUUGAUCACGAGAGCGAGAGACUCAAGGCCAUCAAGGCAUGUUUAGACAGAAAUCCAGUCGCUUUCAAGCCUAAGAUCGGCAAAGGCAAAGAAGGCGAGUCAGACAGGCGACACAGCAAAGGCUGCAACUGUAAAAAAUCUGGCUGUCUGAAGAACUACUGUGAAUGUUAUGAGGCAAAGAUCAUGUGUUCGUCAAUCUGCAAAUGUAUGGGCUGCAAGAACUUUGAGGAGAGUCCUGAGAGGAAGACAUUGAUGCACCUGGCUGAUGCCGCGGAGGUGCGCGUCCAACAGCAAACCGCAGCCAAAACCAAACUAUCCUCACAGAUCUCAGAUCUGCUCACGAGAACCACACCAGCCAUCACCAGCGGAAAGUUGCCGUACACAUUCGUAACUAAGGAAGUGGUCGAGGCGACAUGUGACUGUUUGCUGGAGCAGGCUGAGCAGGCGGAGCUUGCCAACCAGCCUCAGGCCAUGGCAGAGCGCCUCAUUUUAGAGGAGUUUGGCCGCUGCCUCAGGAGAAUCGUCAGUUUCGCUGGCAAAUCCAAGACUGACUGCCCCAUCAACUGCUAGAGCCGAACCUGGCAAAGCUGUGACUGAGAGUCCUAGCAGGGAACGGUCCAGGGCCAAAGCCCUUUUGCUGAAUUUGAGGGCCACUGGGGUCACUUUUACCGGCCCCUCAUAUGGAUACAUGGGGCUAUCCAAUACAGAGCGACAAACCAGAGCUUCCCAUUGGCCUCUGAAUUCUGUUGGGCAUCUUUCAAGCUGCGGACAUGUGAUAUUCAAAAGGGAGGACUGCUGUACUGCAGCUCCUGUGAGUGGGCUUGCACUGUUUGCUUUCCUAGAAGGGGUUUUAUUUUUAGAACUAACAAUCUGAACAAUUUUAAGGUAGAUUUAUUUUUGUUUUCCACUUUUAAAAUGCAUAAUCAUGGCAUUUGUUUGUCUUUUAAAACUGGAUUUUCAUGUUGUCGUAGUCUGUCCUCAUAAAAAAAUAUUCUUACUGCUAAAAACCUCAGAAUAUAUUAAGAUACUAAACAAACUUCCCUGCACAUGUCAUUAGCUGUGAAAUCAUGACUUGUAUCACAGUAAGUAGCCUAUACUGUAGCUUCAUUGUAUUUAUUUGCUUGUUGAAUAUUUUUGGCUACUACAAAAGCUCUUUUUUAGUGCUUGUAUCGAGUUCUCUUUCGGGAGACAUGGUUCAUCAUAACGGCACUGUUUGGUUUGUUUCCAAGCAUGCAAAAGUAAGGCAAGGUUAAGUUUGGAUAUAACAGGUAGAGAAGGCAGCACAAGAUUUAGACAGAGCUUGAAACUGUUGAUCUCUGUUCAGGUGUUCUGGGUUUAAAAGCUUAAGAGUCAAAUUACCUAAAGGAGAGAAGAUCCGUUUGAAUCUUACUGAAAUAACUGCUUUACCGAUGUAAAAACAAAUUAAUCUAAAUAAGCUUUGUAAUCAUCAAGUUAGCAUUUUGAAGGCUUGUGUUUAGAAUACACUCAACACUUUCAUCUUCACUAUCUAUGAUUCUCUCAGAUAAAAUAAGAAGAACCCUGGUAAUUUUGGAAAUUGUCUAUUUUUUAGAUUUGUUUGGCUUUUUUGGGGUUCACUCACUGAACUCUGUUAUUUGUUCCCAUUUAAAGAGAUAUUUCGCCUGAAAAUAAAAAUCUGUCAUUCACUCACCCAAGCCUUUAUGACUUAACUGACUUUCUUUUCCCUUGUCACCAUUUACUUUCAUUGUUUGGAGAAACAAAAGAUGCAUUUAAAGAGAUGUUCACAGAAUAAAGUGAAGUCUUAUGGGUUUGGAACAACAUAAGGGUGAGUGAAUGUUUAUUUUUGGGUGAACUAGCCCUUUAAGACAAUUAUAAUUUGAAGUAUAUUAUAAGCUGUUUCAGAUCUUAGUUGAUUGAUCCAAAUGUUUCUUUCCCUUACCCAGAGUUGGAUUAACUGUAAACUAGAGGUCAACUGAUAGUGGAUUUGGCUGAUACCAAUAACUACUGGUAAGGUGAUGGGAAAGGCCAGUAACCGACGGGACUUAAGUAUAAACAAGCCCAAAACACACCAGGGACUCUUAUUUUGAAAUGCUGAAAAAAAUAUCAGCAUUUCAGAUAAUUUUUGCAGAUAACCGAUAGAUUAAAAAAUCAACCGAUAUAUCUGUCUACUUUUACUGUAAACUAUUUGACCUAUGCGUAAUGCUAAAGCACUUGACAAAAACUUGACAAGUUCAUGUUACACCCCAGACUCAGAAAAAAACCAACAUAUUUUGCAAUAUUCUUUUUUCAUGGUGACAUUUUCCUAAAUUAAGCAUAUUUUUGGUGAUGCAAAAAAAAAAAAAAUCUCAUUAUUGUGGAAACCAUUUGAGGACAGGGAGAAAAUUUUGUUUUCUGAAAUAGUUUUACUUAAAAAGUACCUUUUAUCAUACUCUUAUGAAAAUUAACAAUUGUUUUAAUAGAGUAACCAUAUUUGAACCAUGAUAUUUAUAGUAAAACCAUAGUAAUAAUACAGAGAAACAAAAACUAUUGUAAAAACAAAAUUAUAAUAAAUCAUAAUCGCCCAAAAUGAUUUUUAUUAAAUAAUCAUUCUGCCAAAAAAAGUUUACUACAGUAAAACAACAGAAAGGUGAGGAUUUUUAUUACAAUAGUUUUCUAAUUUUUCUAAUUUAAGUUUACUAGAGUUGUACAAUGAAAAUCAUGAUUAAAAUAUGGUUAGUGUAGUAAAACCAUGGUACAUUUUGUGGUUUUACUACAAAUACUGAGGUAAAAACAAAACAAAGUUAUUAUGAGGGAAUGCAAAACUAUUGAGAGGAAAUACAAACUAUUUCUGAAAAUAAAUUCCCUCGUAUGUACAUUUGUUGUACUGCCUUUAUGUGGAUGCUUAUUUAAAUAAUCCGAUUUUUUUUUUUUUACUAUAAUACAGACAAAAAUGACAAUAACAUUAAAGACAAAAAAGUAAUACAUCUAAAUGCAUUACAGUAAUGGGAUUUGGGGAAAAUGUGCUUAAAUUUCAUUAAUAAUGUCAUAUCAAAUUUUUUUAUGAAUAUUUUUAUUUUGGGGUGAAAUGUGACCUGGGCAUGUUUUUGUGAGAUCCCCAUAUGUUGCAUAAUGAGGUCUUAACACUCAACACUUAACCCAUGCUCAAUUAAAGUAUUUUUUAUUAUAUAACAAAAUAUCAAACCAAGUGCUAAAUAUUUAAUUAAAAGCCAAAGAUUCCAUAAAAAUUUGGACGUAAAGACAGUAUUCACACACACUCACUGACCACUUUAUUUGAUAC